GUCACUGUCACGAGUGUCAAUUUAGAUUCAUAAUAAUAGAGAUUAAUUAAUGUAGGUCAAGAAAUAUUGUUUAUUUAAGAAAGAGUCGAAGAAAUAAACAUUAAAUGUCGUUUUUUUUUAUUUUUAGCACUUUGCUCCUAAUGCCGAUAGAAGCAGUCAGCUUUCACCUCAACAACAAGGACAAAUAUUGAGCGAUAUCCAGCAACAUCAACACAGAUUUGAUUUGCCUCGAAAUCAACAACAAUUCGAACCUCAACAUUUCCAGACAAAUCAAAAUUUCCAGUCGACGAAAACAUUACAGACAUUUUUGAAUCAGCAGCAGUUUGUUUCUCAGAGCCCUUUACAACUGAAUACGCAAGAAAGUUUUGCUCAAAAUGAAUUUUUGAAUAAUUUGCCUUUAUUAAAAUCGAUACCAACGAACGUUGUCCCCACGCCGCAGCAAGCUUAUCAACAAAUAUCCCCACCAACUAAUCAAGUGAUUUUUCCAGAUCAAAAACCUUCCGAAAGGACGAAAGUCAUUCAACAUCAUACGCAAACCAGUUUCCAACCGGCUCGCCAGUCACUUCCGCUAGGACCACAGUUCAUUCAACCCAGACCAACAACUGAUCCCAUUUCCCUUAUAGAACAACAAAUCAAAUCGUUAGAUCCAGAAAAACACAAACAAAAAAUUAAAGAACUAAGAGAAAAACAAGCUAUAAUCGAAAAACAUGCUCAGUUCGUUGAAAAACAAUACGAAAAAGCGCUUAAAAAAGCACAAGAGGAACAUCAAGCUUUCAUCGAUAGACAGAGGAACCAAAAGAAGCAACUUUAUCAAAAAUUGUACAAAACUUCUGCGGAAACAGUUUCGUUACCACAAACAGCACCAAGAUUAUUAUAUCCAGAAGAAAUUAGUUUAUUUGAACAAGCCGUUAAACAAUAUUACGACGAACAUCCAACAACUACUUCGAGUCCUAGUACUAGUAGUACCAUUUCACCAACAUUUCUACCUACAGCGUUACCACAAUCUAAAGUUAAAUCGAUACAAACUUUAGAAGACCUGAAUCAAUUAAAAAACGAGUACAAAUCGCAAAAAAUACGAAAAGAUGAUCUCCUCGAACAACUGAGAUUAGCAAUUGGUAGAAGACAAGAAGAUGAAAGUGAAAAAACUUUGAGUUCUAGGGAGAUAUCAUCAUCUAAAGCAAAAACAAAUCAACUAAACUCACCAGGUGAUCAAGCAAACGCUUCCAAAGGGAAAGAAGAUGGAAAUGUCCUACUACCAAGCGGUCACCAAGUGAAUAUAUUCGGAACCACUACUAUUCCGAAAGAAAUAACUUUACCGAACGGACAAAAAGCUCAGUUGAUCGCCAGUACCACCCAACCGACGCCUAUAGAAGAAAUAAUACUUCCAAACGGGGAAAAAGUCGAAUUGAUCAAAACUUCGGAUCCCAGUUUGGUACCUGAUGGUGUUAAAGUCGAACCUGGUAGCGAUUUAGAAAAAUUAGUAUUUUCUAGAACAACUACAACAACGGAAACACCACCGAAAGCUAUUUUAGACGAACUUACCAAAACCGUACCGUCUUCUAAUUACGAAUUAUUAAAAACAGGCGCGAGUGGAAGUUUAGAAUCCAUCGGGAAGAACCUCCCUGAUGAAAAAAAAGUAACGUUCGUACUUUUAGAAGAACAAAGUGAUGGUACUUUGAAAAUACAAGGCGUCAAAGGAAACGAUAAAGAUAAACCUGUCGAUGUCGACGCCAUUUUAAACAAAAUUAGAAAAGGAGAAAUAAAAUUACCAAAUAAUCCUAAUAUAAGCACAACUACACAUACACCCGAUAUAAUAUCCUCAACUUUACGCAAUGAUUUUACAACGUUAGGUGAAAUACGUGCUACUAUUACCCCAAAUUCGUUCGCUACCGAAGAACCCCGAUUCGUUAGUACCAUAAGUGAAUAUAACGAAGAAGAAACUGGAAUACCAUCAUUAAAAACCAAUAUAGGUACGCAAAUAAUCUCGACUUCAACGCCAUCAACUUACUUUUCAAGUACACCUCGUAUAUUAAACAAGGAUUUAUUAAAUCAAGCGUCUAGUGUACAAGAAUCGCCGAGUAAAAAUUUGCUAGCUCCCAAACCUACGGAAAUAACGAUACAACAAAAUUUUUCUCAAUUAAAUCCCAUACGAGAAGUAGAAAAUUUAAAAUCUGAAUUACCAGAGAUAUUAAAAAAGAACGGAUUGUUCGCUAUGGCGAAGUUUUUAAAACAAUCUGGUCUCGAUACGAUUUUGAACGAGACAGGUCCAUACACGAUAUUCGUACCGACCGAUAAAGCUUUUAGAACUUUGUUGAUUCAAUUAGGGGGGCCCGAGAGAGCGGAGGAAAAAUUUAAAGAAAAUCCGAGGUUACUAAGUGGGCUAUUGUUGCAUCACGUAAUACCGGGUGCGUUUAAAAUAAAUUCUCUACAGGAUGAAAUGACAGGUGUGUCUUUGGCGGGAACUCAAUUACGAGUGAAUCAAUAUGCUAUGCACGAUAAAGAAUGGAACGAUAUCAAAAUUACUACUAUAAAUGGAGCCAAGAUAUCAGAAGAAAACCAAGAUAUCGAAAUACCACAAGGUGUCGCACACGCUAUAGAUAAAGUUAUGUUUCCUUUACCAGUUGGAGAUAUCGUUCAAACACUGCAAUCAGAUCGAGAAAGGAGAUUCACUAGUUUAUUAAGAGCAAUAUUUGCUUCUGGACUCAAUGAAAUGCUUCAGAGCUCAAAAAUUUUCACGUUGAUCGCACCGACAGAAAAGGCGUUCGCUGCUUUAUCCACCGAGGAUCUAAGCAAAUUAGUAACCGAUAAAGUUUUAGCGCGAGAAUUGGUUCUCAGACACGUAUUAUCAGGGACUCUUUAUACCAAUGGUAUGAGAUACUACCAAAUUAAAGAUAGUCUACUACAAGAUCGACAAAUUACCUUCAGUAAACAAACAGGUACCACUAAAUCACUAAAUUCACUUGUAUGGUGUUUAACUUUUGUUUACAGUUUUUCAUUAAUGUUUUCGAUUCACUUUAAUAGACUUUACAGUAAAAAUAUUUCAUUUAUUUGAGUUAAACUAACACAAACUGUUCCUCAUAUCAAUAAACUUGUAGUGGAAAAAAUAUAAAUAUUUCGACUUGUGUAUAUACAACUAAAUAAAUAUUUGCAAAACCAGGGUUGCCACAUUUAUUAUAUAACUUUCCUUUAACUAAUUAAUUUUUUUUAUAUCAAACGAAAUAGUACUAGGUUACCGAUAUAACUAAAUAUUUUACCAAAAAAAAUUUUUUAGGUAUAAAAAUUUUUUAAUAAGAUCGAAAACAAAACCAAAAAAAUUAUCAGUUGCUUUAAAAAAAUGGCGUUGUAUAUUUUAUUUUAAGUAAUUAGUUAAUUAAGUUUAGUAAAAUGAAAAUUUCUUGUUGUAAUUGUAGGAUAUUUGAUUAAAAAUAAAUAAUUAAUUAAUUAAAUUUGAAAAAAAAAAUCAAACUACCCAUAAUUUCAGUUAAUAUAUAAGAAAAUCAUUCGAUCUGGCAACACUGUACCAAAUUGUAAUCUGUCAUCUUUUCUUCUUUACGGACUCGAUUAUAGACUUACUUAUAGUUUUAAAACAUUCACAUUUUACGAGAGAUAAAAUAAUUAAUAAUUAAAAAUAACAAAUUUUCAAUUAUUAAAUUAGCUCUAUAAAUAGUUAAUAUAUGAAAUAUUUUGUUAUAGGUAAAGUGAAGGUGAAUAACAAUCUUCUAACAACGCAGAACAUUCCCGCUACGAACGGUGUUAUCCACGCCAUCGACAAUCUACUUUGAAUGUAUUUCGAUGAUAUUUUAUGAUUUUUCAAUCUGCGAUCGCCGUCAUAGAAAAGAAGAUUUGUUAGUGUAAUAGAUAAACAAUUAUCAUUAUACAAUUACUUUUAACAAUGCAGGACUCGAUAAAGGUACAAAAUUUGUUAAACUAAUUCCAUUUAUAAACUAAUUGAUGUUAAAAGGGUUCAGGUAAGCUUUAUAUUAAUCAUGUCAAUACAUUUUUAUUCCGGAUUUUUUUUACAUGACAUAUAUUGCAGUAUUUUGAAAUUUUUUUUACUUAAAGUACAAGAAUUUAGUUUCUGUAUUACUUUUUACGUAAGGCAAAGUUGUUUUUUCUAUGACCUGCAUCAACAAUUUUAGUUAAACGAAACUUUUGAGUGCAAACUUGUUUGAUUUACUAAAUUAGGUUUGUCAUGGUAGUUUCCAGUUUUCGAGAAAUUUUAUUGAAUAUGACACUAUGUGAUAUCCUAUAAACACCAUAAAUUCGACCGAAAUUAUCAAAACUGACCACAAGACUAAGUUGUAUAUAUUUAAAAAACAUUAUUGAAUGUUUAAUAAUACCUCUAUCAAUAUUGUAAAUUAUUUAAGUAACUAAUAGAUUAGUUUGUACAUUUAUUUGUAAUAUAUGAUUUUUAAAAAUA